CAGAAGAAACUCGAAUCUCGCGCUCGUUUUUCGUGUCGAUUUAUCAAAAAUACAAAAUUCGGUGCGUCGUAUACCGCGCGUAUAAAUACGAAAACGAAAAAAAACGACGAAAGAAAAUCGACCAGUUAUUGCGAUUUAUUAGUAACAAAAAAAAUCGGUUUUAUUUGUAUAGUGGCUUCGAGCUUUGAAUUUCGGUUAACGACCGUAUGUUUCAUGCAAAUUGGUGAUAGUUUUAUUUUGUUUUUGUUAUUUCGUUCGUUCAUUGAUAAUUCGGUGAAAUAGACUGAAAUCACGGAAGUGAGAAUUUGUGUUUGAAAUAACGUACACUUGCCGAAAUUAUAAAUCGAUGAUUCGUCAAUUUCAAUAGAACACCACUCCAUAGAGACAAUUGAUCGGUGAAGUGAACCAAACUAGAUGUGUGAAUCGCUUAUUGAAAGCAUGUGACACUCCUUCAAACAUAUUUUCAUUUGUAAUAACAAUGUAAAUGGGCGAUUUCGGUAACUAUGCACGGAAAGAAAACAAUUCAUCAAUAGUUCUCUAACUGAAAUAGAAAAGUAUGUUGAUGAAGCGCGUCGAAACGGAAUAGACACAAAAAAAAAUAUCACAAAGAAAAACGAAAAGUAUAAAACAGUGUAAAUCGAAAAGUUAAGAUCAUAUAUUUGGACAUAUUCAAACAAAUAAAUUUUGCAUGAAAUCGGAUCUACGACGCAUGCAAACGUUGCGCUCACUUUAGUUCAUUCACAACGACAACCGUUUCAAUCAGCUUACAACUGUGUGGCAGCACAAGACGACGACGACGACUGCGGCAGCGGCAACAACUGUAUAAUACAAAUCACAACACGAUAAAUUUAAUUCAAUCACCAUGGACAGUGGAUACAUUAACGAAGCGGAUACAGUGCUGAGUGACGACGAAGGUGGUCAGUUGAAAACAAAGAACGGCCAAAAAUACAUAAUCAACAAUCAUCAUCACCAUCGCGAUGGAUUUUAUGUCACAAAACGGCACGCGAUUCUUAUUGCUGCCCUCAUUCUCAUCGUUAUGUUGGCCUAUACUGUGUUAAUUUACUUUUUAUUUGCAAAAGGGGCGACAAGUGCGACUGUUACACCAAGUGCGACUAGUGCGCUAAGUACGACUAAUGCGACAAAUGCGCCAAUAAUGGUGUCUAGUGAGAUUGUGGCCGAAACGGAAAAACCGAUUCCCGAACAUAUGCUUCUUCCAACUCCGAGUGGGAUUGAUCCGACUCCAAGGCCAAGAGCGAUAAAAUUAAAUGAAGGUUGGAGCCCAACACUCUAUAGAUUGAUUAUACAGCCAGAUAUUAAAAAUGGCACUAGCUUUGGCCAUGUUAUAAUCGACAUCACGAAAGACGCCAGUGCAACCAAUUGGCCACCGAUCGUUUUAGAUAUUGAUAAUAUUACGAUUACUAAAGUUGAAGUGGCUGAAAGCAGUGAAAAUCUAACUCGAUUUCUUGAUAUUGCUGCUGAUUAUGGCGAAAACAAUGACACAUAUGUCAUCAACUUAGUGGAGUCACCGAAUAACGCGUCACUUCAAUUGAAUAUAAAAUUUAUCAGUCAGUUAUCAACCACGUUACAGGGAUUCUAUCGUGUUGGCUACAAUGAUAUUGACACCACCGAGCAAAAAUGGUUGGUUAGCACGCAAUUCUCUCCGAUUGACGCGCGGCGUGCGUUCCCCUGUUUUGAUCGUCCUGAUAAGAAAGCCCAAUUUGAGAUAAGCUUGAUUCAUCAUGAAAACCUAACGAUGGCAUUAUCCAAUAUGCCCAGCAAAUUAGUAACGCGGCUACCAUCUUCGGAUUAUAUUCGAGAAGAUUUCGAUAUCACACCUUUGAUGUCCACAUAUUUGGUUGCAUUCAUGGCCACCAAUCUGGUCAAUGCAACUCAAACAGCAAAACGAAACGAAUCGCUGCCACAAAUCAACAUUUGGACGCGCAAAGAAGUUGGCGAGAUGACAGAGUUUGCAUUUGACUUGACAACCCGAAUUUUGCCAUUUUACGAAGAAUACUUUGGCAUUCGAUACAAUUUGCCAAAAAUCGACAUGGUUGCUGUGCCCGAGUUUGGCUUUUCAGCAAUGGAGAACUAUGGUUUAUUGACAUUCAAAGAAUCGGCUUUGCUGGUACCGAGGGAUCCUGAGCAUCGUUCAGCCGAACAUAGUGAGGAUGUGGCAAAUAUCAUUGCACAUGAAUUGGCCCAUCAAUGGUUUGGAAAUCUGGUCACAAUGAAAUGGUGGGAUGAUUUGUGGCUGAAAGAGGGCUUCGCAACAUUUAUGAGCUACAUAGUGAUCCAAGAAAUCGAACCGACAUGGCAAUCUUUGGAAUUUAUGUCAGUAAACGAACUUCAAAAGGCAAUGGAAGAGGAUUCAGACUUGAGUUCGCAUCCAAUUUCAUUCGAUGUUAAAAAUUCGGCCGAUAUUCGUCGUAUAUUUGAUCCGAUUUCAUACUCAAAAGGUGCAUCAAUAAUCCGUAUGAUGCAAAGCUUUUUAGGCGAAAAGACAUUUAAGGAAGCAUUACGUAAAUAUCUAAAAGACUUUCAAUCGAAGAAUGCGAAUCGUGGUGAUUUGUGGAAGAUAAUGACUGAAUUCGGUCAUCGAGAUAAAACACUUCCAGCCGAUCUGACUGUCGAAGAAAUUAUGGAUAAUUGGACAAAACAAGCUGGAUAUCCAGUUUUAAAUGUCAAGCGAGAUGGUACAUCAAUUUAUAUCUCACAACAACGUUUUCUAUUACCAAAUGGUACACCAAACAAUGACAUACACAUACAAACUUGGCAUAUUCCAAUAACAUUUACUAUCGGAUCCAAUAAAACCGAAGACACCUUACCGAAAUAUUGGCUUAAAAAAACUGAUGACAAAAUCACCGAUGUGAUUGGCACUGAUCAUUAUUUCUAUAUGAAUAUUGGUCGUUCUGGUUACUAUCGUGUUAAUUAUGACUAUAAAUCAUGGGCUGCGUUGGGAUCGAAUUAUAAGGAGCUUCCCGAUAUUAUAAAAGCACAAUUAAUCGACGAUUCAUUGAAUUUGGCACGCGCUGAAAUUAUUAGUUACGAUAUUCCCUUGACAUUCCUUUUUAAAUUAAAUCAAGGCGGUGUACUUCCAUGGGCAGCUUCAACAUCGGGCAUUAAAUUUAUUUCGAACAUGUUGAGCCGUGAACCGGCUUAUGAAUAUUUUCGAGCACUCAUGCGUUUCAUUUUGAAAGAUAUUUACAAUGAUAUGGGCUUUGAAGAGCAUCCAUAUGAAUCGCACGUGGAACUAUUGCAUCGAGCUGUAAUUGUUCAUCAUGCAUGUUUCUUUAGUCAUGCCUGGUGUAUCAAUAGUGCACAGCUUAUUUAUCGAAAAUGGAUGGGGGACAAGACCAACAAUUUGAUUAGUCCAAAUUUGAAAAGUAUCGUAUAUUGUACAGCAUUGCGUGAAGGAUCUUUCCAGGAAUGGUACUUUGCAUUGCGCAGGUACAAAGAAACAACGGACGCAUCCGAAAAAGAGAUUAUCUUAGAUGCACUCGGUUGCACAACAAAAACAUGGCUUUUAUCAAAAUACUUGAAUAUGACAAUUACCGCGGAUUCGGGUAUUCGAAAGCAGGAUGGUCGCCGGGCGUUCAUAGCUGUUGCCCAAAAUAGUUUCGGUUUCGAAACUGCGUUCGAUUUUUUGAUGACAAACAUUAAAGAGAUUAGUGAAUAUUUCGGCGAUGGUUUCUUAACCCUAUCAAGAAUGAUCAAUUCGAUCACCGAUUUCAUGAACAAAGACUAUCAUCUCGAACAACUGAAGCAAUUCAAAGCGAAAGCCGAGAGUCUCGGUUUAAAAUCCAUCAAAGAGAGUAUACAAUUGGCGGAGAAAAAAAUUCAAAAUAAUGUUUAUUGGCGAUCACGUUCCUAUCCACAAUUGGAAAGGUUUUUAUUAUUAAUGGCAAAUCAUUAUAAUAUCAAUUUAGAAAACUAAAUGACAUUAAACUUGUGGAAAUUAUUUGAAGAGAACGAGAGAUAAACAUUUCCAAAAUAAGAAACAAAUGAACAACUUCACUUACCAAAUGUUAUUUGUUCGACAGCUUCGCUUUUGGAUGUUAUCCGUCUAUCAUUAUAAAUGGCUUGUAGCUGGUCGACACAAAUUCUAUACUUAUACUAAAUGUAGAUAAAUGUGAAAUUUUAUCCGUGAUAUAAAAAAAACUACAAUGUAAGGAUUCAUGAAAACAUAAAAAAAUCGCUGAGUUCAUUGCCUGUAUAGCGAAAGAAAAGAGAUCUAAUGAAAUGUUUGGAAUAAAUGCUAUUAUUGAGAUAAUAA